ACGUCACAUUUUCUCCGAUCGUAUAUAACCUAAAAGUUAUACGAGUUUUUGCAGUAUAUUUUAGUGUGAAUAUAAUUGUUAAUAUUUUGAGUGAAAAUUAAUAAGACAUUUGUUUAAUUAAAAUGGAAGUGGAAGAAGAAAAUCUCAGUGCAAUUAAUACAACAAAUAUAAUAUCUAUUGAGGAAAAUAACUCACAGGUUAUUUUGUGUAAUAAAAGUUGUACACAAAACACUGUGAAUAAUAUUCAAGAAACAAAUGACAAUAAUUUAGAAAAAGAAAAUAAUGUACAGUGUAUUUCAAAUAAUGUUAAUAAUAUUCAAGAUGAUUUUACCAAGGAUAUUUGUAUGGAUGAAAAUGAUAUUUCUUUGAAUGAUAAUAAUAUGCCAAUGGAAGAUGAAUUGAGACAAUUUGACGUUCUUGACGAUUUAGAUCGACAUAGAGAGGAAAGUACAACCGAUUCGGAUACUUAUGCAAAUGAAAGUAGUGAUUCUGAUGUGCCUGAUGAAGAAAUUGAAGCAAUGUUGGAAGAAAGUCUUCCAGAAGAAUUUCGGAAAAAAAGAAAAGGAUGCAAGGAUUUUGUACCAUAUGAGGAGAAGGAAAAACUUGUAUUGGAUGAAAUUGGACACAAUCAUUUUGAUGUUCUUCCCGAAGGAUGGGUUCAAGUGACACAUAAUAGUGGAAUGCCACUUUAUUUACAUAAACAUUCACGUGUUUGUACAUUGUCAAAACCAUAUUUUCUCGGUGCGGGAAGUGUGAGAAAACACGAGGUACCAGUGAGUGCAGUUCCUUGUUUACAAUAUAAAAGAGCACUUCAAGAGGAACAAGAAGAAAAAGAAAAGGAACAAACAUCCGUCACUGAUACAUGUAAUUUACCUAGUGCAAAAAUUGAAACUGUUCAAGAAAAUCGUGCAGCUCAUUCACUAGAUAGUGAACAAUUGAGAAAAUAUUGUCUAAGUAUGUUUCGUUUUAAAUCAAUAAAAGUCAUGAGAUUUCAAUCGUGGUCGGCGAGGAGAAAAUUUACAAAAAGUAAAAAACAUAGAAAACAAUUGGAAAGGCCAACAUUACCCGAUGGUACGAAAUUAAUAACAUUUCCCAUAGCAAGUUCAACAACAUCGGGAAAUAAUGAUUCAAAUGAACAGGAUUGUAGCGGUGGUGCACGUCCACCAAAACAUUGGAUAAUGAAUCCAUCGGGUAAAAGCUAUGUUUGCAUUUUACAUGAAUAUGUUCAGCAUGCACUUAAAAAACAACCCACAUAUCGUUUCAAAGAAUUGGAAAAUGCCGCAACACCAUAUUCAGCAGUUGUUUGUAUCAAUGAAAUGGAAUAUGGUUAUGGUUUUGGUAGUAGUAAGAAACAAGCGAAAGCAAAUGCAGCACGUAAAACACUUGAAAUUCUAAUACCACAAAUGAAGGAUAAAAUAUCAGGUGAUUCAAAUACCGAUGGUGUAUCAUCAAACGCUGGCUGGGCAAUAAAAGCAUCUAAAGGCGAUUCAGACGCUGAUCUUUCAUUUUUUGAUGAAAUAUCAAUAACUGAUCCGCGUGUCGCUGAAUUUUGUGCAAAAACAACAGAACCAUCGCCGCAUGCAAUUUUAAUUACUUGUUUGCAGAGAAAUUUUGGACAAGGUGAUAUGCAAAUUGAUUAUUCAGUGAAUACAUUGAAACACCAAAGAAAUGAAUUUACAAUGCGUGUUGGUAAACAUGAGGUAACUGUUGUUUGUCGUAAUAAAAAAGAUGGUAAACAACGUGCAGCACAAGAAAUAUUACAACGAUUACAUCCACAUAUUCAUUCAUGGGGUUCAUUACUCAGGCUCUAUGGUUCACGUAGUGUCAAGACAUUUAAAGAGAAAAAACAAUUGGAACAGGAGAUAACAUUGCUUCAGGGUAAGGCGACCGUUAAUCAACCGAAUCAUGCAAUUUUGGGAAAAUUGAAACAAGAAAUGAAAAAAUUAGCCGAACAACGAAAAGCCAUGCAACCAAUUGGUAAAUUUGUAUCCUCCGAUUUGCCAUCUGGAUCAUCAGCAAAUUUAAAUAAUGUCGACUUAUAAAUUCCCAAAUUCUGGAUGAAAAAUUAUUUUUUUCGAUAAAAAUAAAGAUAUUCAGUACGAGAUGAUUAUUGUCCUAAACAUGAUUUUAAAAAAAGGAUAAACAAUGGGUAUUUCAAGAUUUCGGUUCAAGAUACUAUAUUGUAUAUAGUUCACAUUUAUAUUAUGUACUUUUAGUUAAUUUUUAUUUUAGAUAUAAAUAAACUUUAAUUUAUAAAGAUAAAUAAAAUAUAAUUUAUAAAAAUAAAAGUUUAA